CUCAGCCUUUAUUACUUUGACCGCGCAGCAACAGACCACACCUUUUCGCAGCCCUCGUACUUCCCGCCACCACUGAACCCCCUGACGAGAAACAAUUCCUGCGUAUCCAUUCACCAUGAACCGUCUCUUUGGUGCCAAGCCCGCGGGGCCCAAGCCGACGCUCGGGGGAGCCAUCACCAACAUCGACACACGCAUCGCCUCCAUCGACACGAAGCUCAAGGCGCUCAACGGCGAGCUCUCCGCCUACCAGGAGAAGCUCUCCAAAAUGCGCGAAGGCCCGGGAAAGUCCGCCAUCAAACAAAAGGCCCUCAAAGUGCUGCAACGGCGCAAAGCAUACGAGGCGGAGAAGGACAAGCUCGAGUCGCAAGUCUGGAACAUGGAGCAGGCGCAGAGCAUGCAGGACAACCUCAAGAAUGUCAUGACUCAGGUCGACGCCAUGAAGACGACAAAUAAAGAGCUACGCAAGCAGUAUGGCAAGAUAGACAUCGACAAGAUCGAGCGCCUGCAGGACGAAAUGGCCGAUCUCAUGGACGUCGGCAAUGAGAUCCAAGAAAGCUUGGCCCGCAGCUACGACAUCCCCGACGAGGUUGACGAGACGGAGCUCGACGCUGAGCUCGAGGCCCUGGGCAUGGAACAGGAGCUCGAGCUGGAGAUGGGCGGCGCCGUCCCAGGGUUCCUACAAGAUGAGGUGCUUCCCGAGUUUGUCGACGAGCCUCCGCAAAUGGAGGAUAAGGUCAAGCAGGCGGCUGGAUAGUCCACACUGCAAGAUCGAUAAAUGUCCUUGUCAUUUAGGCGUGCUUUGGUCGGAGCACACUUCAAUACCACGAGUGCAAGUCUGCCCCUGGUGGUCUGCAUAACUUUGUACAAGCCUUGUGAAUAACACUGGCAUUCACGGGAUCCUGUUGCACUACCAGCCGCGCAGCCGAAAUGCUCUUACUGCUCAGCCCUUUGGGCAAUGGCUCGUACUCGCUGACUUUUGUUGGCUUUGGCCACGGCUUCCGCCCCCAACCAAGCCGCGUAUGCCAACCGUCGCGAUCAAUGGCUUGCAAGUCAUACAUGUCUGACACUCGCGGUAUGAAACCCAUAUCGCCGGUCCACGUCUUGCAUGUCGAGAAUCCCGUACUAGUCAGACACGGCUUAAGCGAGAGCUAUUCAUAGUUGAAGGUAAGUAUUAGAGGGUAAUAGAAACAGGGCUUGCGCCUCUGUAGAUUGUUGAGAUCAGAGUGGUGCUGCAUAUACGAAUGCUGCUCUCGCCGGCACAACUUAUACCGUUCAGGGAUGUCUCAUGCAACACAACACGGCGAUGCCCGUCGGCUAGCUGUCUCUAGCAAUUAGUGAACUAUCCUGGACAAUUGCUUACUUGGUGCCGCGGGAUGCUGACCAUAUUGGUGGACAGCGCGUCCACUGUCCACCACUGCGGAGCGUCUCAUCAACUUCGGGCCAGAGCGUGGACUUUACGCCUCGCACUAAUUGUCUCCUACCCG